UUCGGCGACGCUUUCAGCUCAGUCUAAAAGCAGCACUCAGAGCGAUCGAACAGAAGGCAACUGUCCUUGUUACUAAGUCUAGUUGCAGUCGAUUGUUUUUGUUAUUAUUAUUGUGAUAUUGUUGUCAUUGUUUUUGAUUGCAAUACCGAUUAAUUUGAUUUGAUUUCCCGUUUUGUGGAAAUAAAAACAAUAUCGUAAAACUUCAACAAAAUUAAUUAAGUUCAAAACGGUGGACAAACGAGAACAAAAUGACGCAACCGUUGAAAUUCUAUUUUGAUUUGCUGAAUCAAUCCAGCCGCGCCCUCUACAUAUUUCUGGAGGCAUCCAAAAUCCCAUUCGAGGCGAUACCUAUUUCAAUGGUCAAAGGUGAGCAUUUGACGGGCGAGUUUCGAGACAAUGUAAAUCGCUUCCGCAAGCUGCCCGCGAUCACCGAUCACGGCUAUCAGCUAUCGGAGAGUGCGGCCAUCUUCCGUCAUCUGGCGAGGGAGAAGCUUGUUCCAGAGCACUGGUAUCCGCGCCGUCAUCUGGGUCGCAGUCGCACCGAUGAGUAUCUCGCCUGGCAGCAAUCAAACAUGACGGUGGCCACCACUGAUUACUUCCAGCAAAAGUGGCUGGUGCCUUACCUGCAGAAAACCCGGCCAUCCGAAAGUGCGGUUAAUGUGGCCGGCAAACAGGUUGAGCACACGCUGAAUGACUUUGAGCAACUGUUCCUGAAUUCGCGCAAGUUUAUACUUGGCAAUAACAUCUCCUAUGCGGAUCUGAGUGCCAUCUGUGAAGUUGAUCAGACCAAAGCAAUCGGCUUCGGCGCCUUCAAGAAUCGCAACAAACUAGCCGACUGGUAUAAGUCAGUGGCCGAGGAGCUGGGUCCCUAUUAUAAGAGUGUCCAAAAAGAGUUCAACGCCAAGUUGAAACUUAACAAUGGGCAGCAGCAACAGGGCGAGGCGCAGGCGCAUGCUUUGAAGCAGUAAACAGUUCUUGUCCAACUCCGAUCCAAUUUGUAUUUAUUUUGAUAUCUUGUUUUUUUUUUUUAUUUUUUAUUUUUUGUAAUUUUAUUUUAUUAUUUGUUGUAACAUUUUUUUUUUAUUAUUAUUUUGACGCACCUCACUUAAAUGGAAAAUGUUUUAAUAGAAUUUUCGCUGAUGGGCGCAAACUAAGCUGUUAGUUAUUAAAUGUGUAAAAACUUAAACAACAAAAUAUUUGUAUGUACAAAUAUAUAAAAACCUAAACAACAAGAUAUAUAUAUAUAUAUGUAUCUAUAUAUAUAAAUAUGUUAAAACUUAUAUUAAAAAUAUCACAUAAUAAUCCGAAAA